AUGAACACACCAGUGAUUUCGGUGGUGCCCAAGGAAUUCAGUCGCAAAAAUUACCAAUCCGCCAACCCAGUCGCCAGCAUGAAGUUCUUCGUUGCCACCGCCUGCAUCCUGCUCCUGGCAGCAGGCAUCUCCGCCGAUCCCGUCAAGGCCGCCGAGGAGCAGCCCGGCGCCUUCACCCAGUGCCUCGAGACCGACUCCAUCUCGUGCCUGCAGCUCACGCUCUUCCGCAAGGCCAAGUCCGUGUUCGAUAACCCUCAGAUCGAGCUUUUCGGAGGUGUUUCUCUGGUGAAGUCGAACGAAGGUCGUCAGGGCAAGUCCCUGGACAACUCUUUGGCUGUUGAGGCCGCUCCCACCGUGGAGGCUCGCACCGCCGAGAUGGGCAACUACUUCAUGGACAACGCCAAGAGCUUCUUCGCCGAGCGAUCCCUGAACUUUAACUUCGCCAACGCCGCUCGCAGCGUGGCCCGCGCUAUUCCCGAUGACAUCAAGGCCGAUCUCCGCGAGCUGGUCGUUGAGUCCCGUACCCGCAAGAAGAAGCUGCUGAAGAAGUUCCUGCCCAUCCUGCUGGGAGUUGGUGCUAAGAUCGCCGUCCUAGGCGUUGGCUCUAUCUUCGGUCUGCUCUUCCUGGCCAAGAAGGCCCUGGUUGUGUCCGUGAUCGCCUUCUUCCUGGCUCUGGCUGCUGGUGCUUCCAGCGGACUGGGACGCAUCGGUGGAUCCGGAGGCGGCGGCGGUCUGCUCGGCGGUCUGGGAGGUCUUUUCGGUGGCAAGAACGCCGGUGGAUCGUCGGCUGCCAGCACCGGAGGAUGGUCCUCGGGAGGUGGAGCUUCCAGCGCUGGAUGGUCCUCUGGCGGCAGCUCCGGCUGGGACACCCACGGUGCUUACAGCUCGCCAGUGGCCCAGACCAUCGCCUACCAGGGAUACAAGCAGGCCCGCCGGUAA